AUGCCGCAGGAACGCCUAAGAGGUUACGGCACCCGGGGUGAAUAUUUUCUGUUGCCUCCCCCGCCCCUCCACCUCACCCCUCACAGAAUGAUGAAUUCUUUUAUUACAGUGGGUGCUGGAUCUGCUGGUGCAGUGAUAGCCAACCGCCUGUCGGAGGACCCUUCGGUGACGGUAUUGUUGGUCGAGGCUGGUGGAAAAGAGAACCUGGUGACGGACAUCCCUCUGGCUGCUGCUAUGCUGCAACAGACACCCAUUGACUGGGCAUACCAGACAGAACCACAAGAGGCGGCAUGCUUUGGACUCAUUAACAGGCGAAGUCGUUGGCCUAGAGGACGAGUACUUGGAGGUUCAUCGGUACUGAAUUACAUGCUAUACGUGCGCGGCAAUCCGAAGGACUACGAUUAUUGGGCUGCUAACGGGGCACAUGGGUGGAGUUGGAAAGAUGUGUUCCCUUAUUUCCUUAAAUCCGAAGACAACAGGGAUCCUGCUUUGGCGAAAACAGGCUUCCAUGCAACUGGUGGUUAUUUAACUGUUUCUACCCCUUCCUACGCUACUCCCCUGGCUUUUUCUUUCAUUGAAGCUGGCAUGCAACUCGGUUACCAAAAUGUGGACAUCAAUGGACCUCAGCAAACAGGCGUUCUUAUUCCACAAGGCACCACUCGAAGGGGAGCUCGAUGCAGUACUUCUAAAGCAUUUCUGGCACCGGUGAAGAAAAGGAAAAAUCUGGAUGUUGUAACUUACGCUUAUGCAACAAAAAUCCACUUCGACCAUCACAAGCGGGCCAGCGCGGUGGAGUUCGACCGCCUCAAGAUGACGUACAUCGUGAAGGCCCGACGUGAGAUCAUCCUCUCCGCAGGCUCCAUCAACAGUCCGCAGCUGCUCAUGCUCUCCGGCAUCGGGCCCAGGCAUCAUCUCGAAGAGAUGGGAAUUCCUGUCAUCGCUGACCUUCCGGUUGGCUACAACUUACAAGACCACAUUUACCCAGGGGGGAUUCAUUAUUUAGUCAGCGAGACUGUCGCCAUUGUUCAGCCAAGAGUCUUCACUUUCAAAGAAAUUGUUCGAUAUCUCUCUAUUGGAAGGGGGCCCUUGACGGUACUCGGUGGAGUGGAAGGUCUUGGUUUCAUUAAUACCAAAUAUGCCAAUAAAUCGGACGAUUUUCCUGAUGUAGAAAUUCACUUCUUGUCUGGAUCCCCAGCUUCAGACGGAGGGCAGACAUUUCAGAGAGUUAUGGGUCAAAGGAGAGAGAUGUGGGAAAAAGUGUACAAACCGUACGCCUAUCGAGACGCGUACACUUUUUGUCCUGUGCUAUUACGACCCAAAAGUCGGGGCUAUCUGAAACUGCGAUCAAGUGAUCCUUACGACCCACCAAUAAUAGAUCCCCGCUACCUUACCCAUCCACAAGACGUCCUCACCAUGGUGGACGCGAUGAAGAUCUGCUAUGCAUUUGGAGAUUCCCCCCCUUUCAAGAAAUACGGUGGCCAUCGCUUCGAGACCACUUUCCCAGGGUGCGAGAUUUACGCGAAGUUCAGUGAUGAGUACCUGGCUUGCGUGGCGAGGACUUUCACUUCCACCAUCUACCAUCCUGUGGGCACUUGUAAGAUGGGAGCCCCGGGUGAUCCCACGGCAGUCGUAGAUCCACAGCUUAGAGUGAACGGAGUACAUGGGCUACGAGUGGUAGACGGUUCCAUCAUGCCUACCAUCGUAUCAGGAAAUACGAAUGCGCCCAUCAUCAUGAUAGCAGAGAAGGCGGCAGAUAUGAUUAAAGGGGUGAAGACGGUCAUCAAAAGAAAGGACAAAAAGAAAAAGAAACGAUGA